AGCUGUGCAGCUGACAGUGUGUGUGUGUGUGUGUGUGUGUGUGCGUGCAUAUGUGCAUCGUAUAUAUGUGCGUUGAAAAGUGCAGGUGGAACUUGCUAGAUAGUCCUAGCGGGUUCGGCCAGCAGAAGAAUAAAUUAUUCAAUAUUGUGAAAAAGUGCCGAGUCAAUAAUUCGUCAUACUCUCGAGUAUAAAAGACGAAGCGCAAAUAUACGCGGGCGAGUGUGAACGUACGUAAAGUCGCUGUCGCUGCGUUUUUUCAUCAUUGACUAACCUCGAAACUUUGGCAUAUUCUACUAGCUGCAGUAAAUAAGUCAGCCGACGCAAUGGCAGAGAAUAUGGACGAUGGCGACGAGGGCACGACCGUCGAGGUGUUCGUCUACGACCUGACCAAAGGCACGGCUGCCAUGAUGUCUCAAAUGCUCAUCGGCCGACACCUGGACGGAAUAUGGCACACGGCAGUGGUGGCCUACGGACGGGAGUACUUUUUCGGACCGAUGGGCAUCCAGAGCGUAAGACCGGGUGGUACGGAGCUCCAAGAGCCACAGAGGAUCGAAAAAGUCGGACAGACCUAUCUACCCUACUCGGUAUUUUACGAGUACAUCAACGGACUCGGGACUACCAAAUUCGCACCCGGUACGUAUAACUUGUUCAAACACAACUGCAAUAACUUCAGCGACGAGGUGAGCAAUUUCCUCGUUGGCACGGGCAUACCGAAAUAUAUAUUGGACCUGCCAGAAGAAAUUUUACAAACGCCCGUCGGUCAAGCCUUAUUCCCGCUGAUCGAGAACCUGAGCAGAAGUGCCACCGCCGGUUUAACCGUGGGCAACAGAUUCGUCGAGGCCAGAAUAAACAGAGAGGACUCGCCGGAAUUCCAGUCUCUCAAUACUGAGAUCGAACAGGCAAGCAGGAUUAAUUCCAUUGCUCUCGAGGAGAAGCGAAACGUGAUAAACGAAAAGCUCGCGAAAAAGGAGCGAAAGAAGAAAAAGAAGGACAAAAAGAAGAAAGACAAGAGCCGAGAUCAAAGCGGCAGCGAAACCAACAGUACCGGCGUUUCAGACAUGGCUGACAGCGAGAAUGCAGCAGCAGCAGUGGCGGAGGUGACGGUCGAGGAGACAGUUCAAGAUCAAGCGGACGCCGCAGCGGCAACGGAUUCCUCUUUGACGAUAUCCGAAAGAGUCAGGCAGAUGGAGGCGGACGAGAGGCGCGAAGUCGAGGAGCUGAAACGUCAACGCGACCCACCGAUCGUCUUUCGCGAUCUCGUCGAUCCAGCCCAGGAGCUCGAGAAGCUGAGAGAUCUGCUGGCCGGCAAGCUGAACGAGGCCGAGAUUCAGAACGUCGACGAGCUGCAUCAGUACAUACUCGACAACGAGGGUUCCUGGGCGUUGGGCGACAAUUUCCUGAGCUUCGUCGGGAGGAUCUUCAACGACAAAUCGCUCGACAGUUCGGUCCGAGUGUGCCUGCUCAACUUGCUGUGUGUGGCAGCGCUCAAAGACGACGUCAUUCUGCUGCUGCAUCAGGACAGGCGGGAACACACCAUCAUGAAUUUCGCCUACGACAUCGAUCGUCAUCCCGUCGAAGAACAACUGCCGCUGGCUCAAUUUGUGGCCAAUCUUUUCGAGAAUCUGAGCAGUUCCGAGUGGUUGAUGUACAUAUCCGAGUGGCAGUACCAAAAUCAAAAUAUCAGCAACAUACGCGUGACGACCAAACUGGCGGUCCACUCGUUGCUCUCGGACUCGGAGGAUUUGCAGAUGCGCGGCACAGCUGUCAUCCAUAAUCUAGCCUGCAAGGAGGUAAAAACUGUGGUCUUCGACGACGUAGCCGUCGAGCUGACAAUGGCACUGCUGCAAUAUUUCAAUGGGACUCCACAAGAGGAGCAGCUGUUCGCGUGCAUGAAAUCGCUGGCCAAGUUCACGCAGGUCAGUGGACAGGACGUGCCGCAGCUCAUACAAAUGAUCGGCCCGGAGCCGGCCAAAUUCCGGGGCUGCUCGCAGAGGAUCGACGAUCUCAUCGAACAGAUUAACGUCAAAUUACGUCUACACUAGUCCGUAGUUGUUAUAGAUUUAUAUUAUGUAUCGGAUAGCUAUUAUUCGUUGUGUUAUGACAAAUUAUUAUAAACUUGUGUCGUGCGAGCGAAUGGGGUAAUCUGGAAAAUGUAACUUUUAUUAUUUAUUUAUGUUAUGUCAUAUUAAUUGAUUUCAUACAUGACGCGGCGCAUGUGGCUGAAAAGAAAAAAAACGGCGAGAGUGAAGUUAUUAUAAGUACAAUGAUCACGCGGUUCAACCAUUUUCGAUGCAUUUUUGUAACAGCUCAAUAGCUGAGUUUUUCUUCUCGUUUUUAGAAAAUUCUCUCUUUUAAUCUUGUCGAUUUACAUCCUAUCGUUAUCACUCUAUACUCUAAUAUUAGAUAGGUUCAUCUUCACGAUAAAAACGUGCAAUAAAAAGUCACUAAAUCAGUUAUUAAUAAAGUUUGUUGUAAUUUUUAUUGUCAUAAAUAAAUAUUUUUUUCUAAGUUA